AAAAAAAUCUGACUCGCAAGCUCCGAUCAGUGCAGCGGAACGGAAACGGAGAACAGCAUUGGGCGCCUCAUAAAAGCUACUCGGCACCCUUCCGGACCUUGACCUUCGUUCCCCAUACCCGUAUAUCCCAACCGAACCCCCCCAUUCCGGCCCAUCUCCACUCCCGAUUCCCCAAUACCAUGGCCUCCCGCAGCUUCUCCAAGGCUCUGCGCUCCCCAUUGGCGCGCCAAUUGGCGUCGCCCGCCGUCCAGCGCCGCACGUUCGUCGCUGCCGCCGGCCUGGUGCGCGCCUCGGCCGUCGCUGCUUCCCGCGUUGCCGCUGCGCCGGCCCAGCAGCAGGUGCGCGGUGUCAAGACCAUCGACUUUGCUGGCUCAAAGGAGGAGGUCUACGAGCGUGCCGACUGGCCGAAUGAGAAGCUCCUGGAGUACUUCAAGAACGACACCCUCGCCCUCAUUGGCUAUGGCUCGCAGGGCCACGGCCAGGGCCUCAACCUCCGCGACAACGGCCUCAACGUCAUCAUCGGCGUGCGCAAGAACGGCAAGUCGUGGCAGGAUGCCAUCCAGGACGGCUGGGUUCCCGGCAAGAACCUCUUCGAGGUCGACGAGGCCAUCUCCAAGGGCACCAUCAUCAUGAACCUGCUCAGCGAUGCCGCUCAGAGCGAGACGUGGCCUGCCAUCAAGCCCCAGAUCACUAAGGGCAAGACGCUCUACUUCUCGCACGGCUUUUCGCCCGUGUUCAAGGACCUCACCAAGGUCGACGUCCCCAAGGACGUUGAUGUGAUUCUCGUCGCGCCCAAGGGCUCCGGCCGCACGGUGCGCUCGCUCUUCCGCGAGGGCCGCGGCAUCAACUCGUCGUUCGCCGUCUACCAGGACGUGACGGGCAAGGCCAAGGAGAAGGCCAUCGCCAUGGGCGUCGCCAUCGGCUCGGGCUACCUGUACGAGACGACGUUCGAGAAGGAGGUGUACUCGGACCUGUACGGCGAACGCGGUUGCCUGAUGGGCGGCAUCCACGGCAUGUUCCUGGCGCAGUACGAGGUGCUGCGCGAGCGCGGCCACAGCCCGAGCGAGGCCUUCAACGAGACGGUCGAGGAGGCCACGCAGUCGCUGUAUCCGCUCAUCGGCGCCAACGGCAUGGACUGGAUGUUCGAGGCCUGCUCGACCACGGCGCGGCGCGGCGCCAUCGACUGGACGCCCCGCUUCAAGGAGGCGCUCAAGCCCGUGUUCAACCAGCUGUACGACUCGGUCAAGAGCGGCGAGGAGACCAAGCGCUCGCUCGAGUACAACUCGCAGCCCGACUACCGCGAGAAGUUCGAGGCUGAGAUGGACGAGAUCCGCAACCUGGAGAUCUGGCGGGCGGGCAAGGCCGUUCGUGCCCUGCGCCCCGAGAACCAGAAGUAAGCUGCUGUCGUCGUCAGCGGCAGCGACAGCGGCGGGGAAUGUUGAUUUCUUGCGCGGGAGACGGGUCGAUACUCUGGCUUAUGGGACGGUUGGGGCUGUCGCCCUGGCUCGGACGGGAUACCUCGGGCAACGGGAAUCAAAAGCGCUUGAUUCGCACUGCACAUUUGUUUAAUCAUUGGGCGUCAGCUGUAACCUGUACAUAUUCUUUCUAGCUGAUUGAUUGGUGGCUGGCCGGGAUUUGAUUUGCUUUCUGAGCGCGCACCUCAUACUCUUUCCCUCCAUCCCUUCUCUCUAUCUCUCCCUCUUUCGCCCUCUCGUCUAUUCCCGAAACAAGUCACCCAGCAUCUCGAGACUCACAUUCCCCCCGCUAAACACCACCCCGAGAUCCCACCCUUCCUCCCCCCCUUCCCUCUCCACCAGCUCCCGAAAGGCCUCCACCGACGCGCGGGUGAGCGGCGGCGCCGUGGUCGGGUCGGCCAUCUUGCGGUGCGGUGCGGUGCGGCGGAUGCAAGUUCCGGUUCGGAGCGUUGGAGAAAAUCGGUGUUGCCGGUGCGGGAUCGGAUCGGGGGGGGGUUCUGACUCGUACGAGAUGUCCGGUGUGGGGUCACCAAGGCCUUCGAGCCCGGUAACGGCGAGGCACGGCGGGGGAUGGGCUCAAAUAUGUACGGGGAUGUCCACAGUAACUCGAGUGGAUUUGGCCCGGAUCCAUCUUUCUGGAGAAAUCCACUACUGCGUAACACCC